AUGACCCAGCAGCCUCUCCGUACAGUCGUCGUUCUCGGCACCUCUUAUGGUGGCCGCAAUGCCUCCAAGCUGCUGGCUGAUGGGCUACCGCCCAACUACCGCCUCAUCGCCAUCGACAGGAACACUCAUUUCAAUCAUGUUUAUGCUUUCCCCCGCUACACUACCAUGCCCCAGCAUGCUCCUAAAGGUUUCAUACCCUACAAAUACAUGCUCGAUCCCCAGCCCCCAGCACCUUCGGAUCCUCUCACACCGCCCCAGACACCGCCCGCUGAGGCCGCUAAUCUUCCCGACGACCAGCAAAAACUCUCGGCUGCUCGAUCUCGCCACCAGUUCAUUCAGGCAUGCGUCGUCAAACUCUCUGCUCACUCGGUGACCAUCGUCCGACCUACGGGCGACGGAAAAGCUACCGAGGGACAAACCUCCAGGUCAAAGGGUAACAUGACCUAUGGCGAGUUUGACGGACCUGAAGAGACGAUCCACUUUGACUAUCUCCUAUACGCGCUCGGAGCUACCCUCCCUGGCCCUGUCAAUGUCUGGCAGACAGUUGACAAGGCUGCGGUCGGCGAUGAGAGGCAAUUGGGUACAAAGAAGUGUGGUCUGAGGUUCAUGAAGCUCCAACAUGACAAGUUUGAAAAGGCAGAGAGGAUCCUGAUCGUUGGUGGAGGUGCGCUCGGGAUAGAGUAUGCGGGAGAUCUCAAGUAUCUCUGGCCGGACAAGAAGAUUACCCUGCUUCAUUCAAGAACUCGGAUGAUGCCGAGGUAUGACAUUGAACUGCAUCUUCAAGUCGUCGAACACCUGGCAAAACUUGGAGUUGAGAUUGUCCUCGGUGAACGAGUCAUGACAUGGCCCGACGAACCCGAGAUUUUGGAUGGCAAGCCCAAGAUUGUCACCACCGACAAGGGACGAACGUUCGAAGCCGACCUUGUGCUCCCAUGUACAGGUCAGAAAGCCCACGUAUCCCUCAUGGCUGAAGUGGAUCCCUCCCUGAUUUCUGUUACUACCGGCCGUAUCCUCGUUCUCCCUACCCAGCAAGUCCACUCUGGGCCCAUCCCUUCCUCUGCCAUAGACUCCACCGCGGAGCAGCUCUCAAAGCUUAACUUCACCGCUCCUCUCACACCUCCAUCCUCCGCAGCCUCCAUUACUACAGGCAGUGCAGAUGGCAGCACUGCACCAGACUAUAGCCAUAUAUUCGCCAUCGGUGACUGCGCCGAGACCUCAGCCAUUCAAGCUGGGCACACGGCCUACUGGAUGGGCGAAGUCGCCGUUCGUAACAUGAUGCGUCUCAUUGACAGAAGAGAGGGAGGCCCAAAGAAGGACGAAGUAUUUGAGAAUUACAAGCCAGGACCUCCGGCUAUCAAGAUAACUCUUGGUAUUGUUGACGCGGUGAUUGCGAAUGGGGAAGGGGUGAAACCCAACAAGGAAGGAGUGGAGGAUAUGCACUCCAUGGUCAUGUGGCCGGGGCUCAAUGCGGAGGGCUUGAACGUGAUGGAAUAG